GCCUUUGCGGUGGUGUACCGGAAAAGGUGGAGUUUGAGCCAAAAUGAGGGAAAAUAAGAACAUGUCUGAGUCCCCGUCUCAAGCGGGAAAGGAAAUACCGGCGAAAAAGCAAAAGCUAAGCAGUGACGAGAACAGUAACCCUGAUUUAUCUGGAGACGAAAAUGAUGAUGCUGUUAGUGUUGAGAGUGGGACCAAUGCGGAACGUCCAGACACACCCACUAACACUGCAAAUGCCCCAGGCAGAAAGAGUUGGGGCAAAGGCAAGUGGAAGUCCAAAAAGUGCAGAUACUCCUUCAGGUGUGUCAACAGCUUGAGGGAAGAUCACAGUCAGCCUCUGUUUGGAGUACAGUUUAACUGGCACAGUAAGGAGGGAGACCCAGUGGUGUUUGCCACAGUCGGGAGUAACAGAGUAACUCUGUAUGAAUGUCACUCUCAGGGAGAAAUAAGACUCUUGCAGUCUUAUGUUGAUGCUGAUGCAGAUGAGAACUUCUAUACGUGUGCCUGGACCUAUGAUACCAACACAAGUCAUCCCCUGCUGGCUGUAGCCGGGUCUCGUGGUAUCAUCCGGGUGAUCAAUCACAUCACAAUGCAGUGUAUCAAGCAUUAUGUGGGUCAUGGAAACGCAAUUAAUGAGCUCAAAUUCCACCCAAGGGAUCCAAAUCUCCUCCUGUCUGUCAGCAAAGAUCACGCUCUUCGUUUAUGGAACAUACAGACAGACACAUUAGUGGCAAUAUUUGGUGGUGUGGAAGGUCAUCGAGAUGAAGUCCUGAGUGCUGAUUUCGAUCUCCUGGGUGAAAAGAUUAUGUCUUGUGGGAUGGAUCACUCCCUUAAACUUUGGAGAAUUAAUUCAGAGAGAAUGCAGAAAGCCAUUCGUGGAUCCUAUGAGUACAACCCCUCAAAGACUAACAGACCUUUUGUCUCGCAGAAAAUUCACUUCCCAGACUUCUCAACGCGAGAUAUUCAUAGAAACUAUGUGGACUGUGUGCGGUGGCUUGGGGAUCUUAUUCUUUCAAAGUCUUGUGAAAAUGCCAUUGUUUGCUGGAAACCUGGAAAAAUGGAGGACGACGUUGAUCACAUUAAACCAAACGAGUCAAACGUGACAAUUCUGGGACGUUUCGAUUACAGCCAGUGUGACAUUUGGUACAUGCGCUUCUCCAUGGACUUCUGGCAGAAGAUGCUCGCUUUGGGAAACCAGGUGGGAAAGCUUUAUGUGUGGGACCUUGAAGGGGAAGACCCACAUAAAGCCAAGUGCACCACACUCACCCUUCCCAAAUGCACGUCAGCCAUCCGCCAAACCAGCUUCAGCCGUGACAGCAACAUUUUGAUAGCCGUAUGUGACGACGCUUCCAUCUGGCGCUGGGAUCGACAGCGCUGAGUAGCUGUGACUAAAAUAAAUUUGAUUUGUCCUCUUAAAUGUUGCUACUCUGCAAAGUAAUGCAUAUGUUGUUUAGUGUUUGGUUUAAUAUAGUAUAUUUCCUCCAAAAGCUGGGGAAUCAUGACAAGGUGGUCACAUUGCUGAAUAGAAGAGAUAACUCGACAAAUAAACAUUUUAUAUCUAGGAAAAACUUGGUAAAAGUGGUACUGUUUGUUUAUAGUUUUUUUUAGGUGAUUGUAUUUGCCCACAAUAAAAAGUUAAACCACCUUUACUCUAAAUGACAAGUUCACCUUUUAAGUUUUCCUUCUUGCGUUGUCCUUUGUUAAAACGGGAAUAGUCUCCUCUGUGUGCCUUGUAGCUUCCUAUGUGGGUCAGUUAAUAAAAUUCAAGGAAUUUGUGGGUCAUUUCAUCUGUAUUUUCUGUCACAUUUGGGGUAAAUAAGCUUUUAAAACACAAUGAUAAAUGUGGGCUUUUUUUGCAGUGUGGUAGAUUUUACAUCUUUUGGUUCCCAAAACAAAAUGAAGAUGCCUUUGCAUAUAUACACACACUGUGUACACCCUUUUCCUUUGUUGCCCCUGGACCCGCUUCCUCCACACAGGCACACCAGCUAAUUGCAUAACUUGACUUUGGAGGCUUUGCUCAGUUCUGUCAAUAAAAUGACUGUAAAUAUCUGCUGGAGUCAGUUUGUGCAAUUGACUUUUUUGGAGUUGUUUUUCCGCAGUAUUUUUAUUUAGUCUUAAAAGCUGCCAGGAGAAAUAAGUGCAGUAACUGACAUUUAUCUGUAAAUGUUUACCCUACCCUAAUGUUGAGGUUUGCUGCAGCUUGGGUUUUGGGUAGUCCUACCGUUUUGAAUUGCUUGUUCUUGGAAUUUAUUUGAACUUUAAUAAAGUUAUUUUUCUACA